AACCGUCAAAUGAGUCUACAACUACUUCUCAUCCUUCUACACCCCUUCCCACUAACCACCAAAGAUAUAAAGAUCUUUUAAUUUUUGAAGAAAGACUGAAACAAAAUUUGCAUCAAUUACAAAGACGUAGUUAUAAAUACGAAGUUUUUUACAAAAAAGUUCCAAAAAAAUUUCAAGAAGGUUUUGAGAGAUAUCGUCAGAUGUAUUAUACAAAGAAGAAUCAGAGGGCAAAAGAAAGAGAAGAAAAAGAAAAAAUGGGAAAAUGA